AUGGAAUACACCAAUAUGGAAGGCAUAUUACCUAUUAUGAAUGAUUUUGCUGAAAUAGAAACUUGUAUUGAGUGCUCUGCUAAAACUAUGAAAAAUAUUAGUGAGCUUUUCUACUAUGCUCAAAAGGCUGUGCUUCAUCCUACUGCUCCUGUGUAUAAUGCUGAGGAAAAAGAGCUCACAGCAGCAUGUAAAAAAGGUUUAACAAGAUUAUUCCGGAUUUGUGAUAUGGACAAUGACAACUUACUAAAUGAUUUUGAAGUUAACCUUUUCCAGAGGAAGUGUUUUAAUGCUCCCCUACAUCCACAGGCUUUAGAAGAUGUCAAAGCAAUAGUAAAAAGAAAUAUUUCUGAUGGAAUUGUAAAUGAUUCUCUCACUUUAAAAGGGUUCCUGUUUCUUCAUACACUUUUCAUUCAGCGAGGUCGACAUGAAACCACAUGGACAGUUUUAAGGACAUUUGGUUAUGAUGAUAACCUGAUGCUUACAAAAGAAUUCUUAUCUCCGAAAAUUCCAGUACCUGUUGGCUGUACAACAGAGCUCACACCUCAAGGAUAUGAAUUUCUCAUAACCAUUUUCGAAAAGUAUGAUGAAGAUAAAGAUGGCAGCUUAUCUCCAACUGAGAUGCAGAAUUUGUUCAGCACAAGUCCUGUUAAUCCUUGGGGUCCAGAUGUAAAUAACACUGUUUGUACAAACAGUGGCAACUGGAUCAAUCUCAAUGGCUACCUCGCUCAGUGGACGUUAACCACAUUGUUGGAUCAUCCCCGAACCAUAGAAUAUCUUGCUUAUCUAGGUUAUCAUUAUUAUUUUGACAACCAGCUCUCAGCUAUUCAAGUUACUAGAGAUAAGAAAAUUGAUCUGGAGAAGAAACAAACUUCAAGGAAUGUAUUUCAGUGUUAUGUUAUUGGUAGCAAAUCAUCUGGGAAGACUUCAUUCUUACAAGGUCAUUUGGGUCGAAAUUUACGUUAUGUAGCUACAAUCAACAAGGAACAUUUUUCUUCAUUUACAAUUAAUACUGUCCAAGUUUAUGGGCAAGAAAAGUAUUUGCUGCUGCAUGAGGUGGAUGUGUCACUGGGUGACAUGCUGACCCCAACAGAAAUCAACUGUGAUGUAGCCUGCCUUAUCUAUGAUGUUACCAAUCCUAAAUCCUUUGAAUAUGUGGCUAAGAUGUUCUUGCGUUAUUUUGUAGAUACAAGAAUUCCAACAUUAUUUGUAGCUUGCAAAUCUGAGCAUCAAGAAGUAAGUCAAGAUUUUGAGAUGACUCCAGCUCAGUUUUGCACAAAGUUCAAGUUACCCCCACCACAGUACUUUACUUGUAUUGACAAAGUGAAUAAAGACAUUUAUGUCAAGUUAGCCACUAUGGCUGCCUAUCCCAACCUCAAACGCCUGGUGCAUAUGCUGCUGGUACAUCAGCGAUCACUUUGGUUGGAGGAAAAACUGAGAUACUUGAAGAAUGUUUAUGCAAAGGAUAAGAAGUUAUUAAUGAAAGUUGCCAUUGGUUUAGCUGUUGCAACAGGAUUUGGCAUUAUCACAUACAAACUGAUUCGAGCGUCACGAUAA